CUCUCCUCUCUCCUCCUCCUCCUCCUCUCUGCGUCUCUCUCAGGUUCAACAGCACUUCUCUUUUUAACCCCUGCUAUUACUGUCAUCGCCUCCACUCUCGGGACAGUAAAUCGGGGAAGUUAACUCUUUAAUUCUAUUUAACCAAUUUGAGUGAACGCGCGCUGUGUGCUCUUCGGCCAGAUGGAGGACUACCAUAAACCAGACCAGCAGACAGUGCAGGCGCUCAGGAACAUCGCCACCCGCCUCCGGAUCAACUCCAUCAAGGCGACAACUGCGGCGGGCAGCGGUCAUCCCACAUCAUGCUGCAGCGUGGCAGAGAUUAUGUCCGUGCUCUUUUUUCACACCAUGAAGUACCGACCUGAAGACCCCCGUAACCCCAACAAUGACCGCUUCAUCCUCUCUAAGGGCCAUGCAGCUCCUGUGUUGUAUGCCGUGUGGGCAGAGACGGGCUACCUGAAGGAGAAUGAGCUUUUCAACCUCCGCAAGAUCGACUCCAUCCUGGAAGGACACCCUGUGCCGAGGCAGCAGUUUGUGGAUGUGGCCACUGGAUCUCUGGGUCAGGGGCUGGGAGCUGCAUGUGGAAUGGCCUACACUGGGAAGUACUUUGACAAGGCCAGCUACCGUGUGUUUUGCCUGCUGGGUGAUGGAGAGAUGUCCGAGGGCUCAGUGUGGGAGGCCAUGGCUUUUGCCUCCUACUACCAGCUUGACAACCUAGUGGCCAUCUUGGACAUCAACCGCCUGGGUCAAAGUGACCCAACUCCACUGCAGCACCACGUGGAGAAGUACCAGCGACGCUGUGAGGCCUUUGGCUGGCAUGCUGUCAUUGUGGACGGACACAGUGUGGACGAGCUGUGUAAGGUGCUGAGUCAGCCUCGUCAUCAGCCACUAGCCAUCAUCGCCAAGACUAUCAAGGGGAAAGGCAUACCAGUGGCUGAGGAUAAGAUGGGCUGGCAUGGUAAACCCCUGCCCAAAGACAUGGCCGAGAGUUUGAUCAAAGAGCUGCAGGGCCGCAUCAUCAGCUGCAAUAAACGCCUCUAUCCUGCUCCGCCAAGCGAGGAUACAUCUCCCGUCAGCCUCCGCAACAUCCGCAUGCCAAGCGCACCCAGCUACAAACCUGGAGACAAGAUCGCUACGAGGAAGGCUUACGGCAUGGCUCUGGCCAAGCUGGGUCGUUACAAUGAGCAUGUGGUGGCUCUGGAUGGAGACACCAAGAACUCCACCUUCUCCGAGCUCUUUAAGAAUGAACACCCCAACCGCUACGUGGAGUGUUACAUUGCAGAGCAGAACAUGGUGAGCGUCGCAGUAGGUUGUGCCGUGCGUGACCGCAACGUGGUGUUCGCCAGCACCUUCGCCACAUUCUUCACUCGAGCCUACGACCAGCUCCGCAUGGCCGCCAUCUCCGAGAGCAACAUCAACCUCUGCGGCUCCCACUGCGGCGUCUCCAUUGGUGAAGACGGGCCCUCUCAGAUGGGUCUGGAGGAUCUGGCCAUGUUCAGAGCCAUUCCCACUGCAACCGUCUUCUACCCGAGCGAUGGUGUCUCCACUGAGAAGGCUGUGGAGCUCGCUGCCAACACAAAGGGUUUGUGUUUCAUCCGAACAAGUCGCCCAGAGAACAAUGUCAUCUACAACUGCAACGAAGAUUUCCACGUUGGACAGGCCAAGGUUGUGUAUAAAACCAAUGAUGAUCAUGUGACUGUGAUUGGAGCAGGAGUGACCCUUCACGAGGCUCUGGCUGCUGCUGAGCUGCUGAAAAAAGACAGAAUCAACAUCCGUGUGAUUGACCCGUUCACCAUCAAACCGCUGGAUUCUAAGACCAUCAUUGAAAACGCCAGGGCAACCAGAGGACGCAUCAUCACAGUGGAGGACCACUACUAUGAAGGUGGUCUGGGUGAGGCAGUGUGCUCAGCGGUUGUGAACGAAACCGGCUUCUUUGUCCACCGCCUGGCAGUUUCCCAGGUGCCGCGCAGUGGUAAGCCCCACGAGCUGAUGCGGAUCUUUGGCAUCGACCGCGAUGCCAUCGCUCAGGCAGCCCGUAAGAUGCUCAGUAGCUCCGCCAACGCUAAGUAAGAAUGCUGCAGCUGAUGGCAGCAGCUUCAACAGCAUGGUAAAGGACUCUGUGGUUAACUUGUGAUUAUCACGGAGGCACCAAACAUGCAAAUUAGGCAACACAGGAGGAGAAGCACCGGGGGCCCACUCACGCUCUCCUCCCCUACAACAAUUCGAAGCCUUUAUUUGAAAAUUUAAAAAAAACCCACUUUUUUUUCUUUUCUCUUUUACUGUCGUCGAUGUGAUUUAACAUUCCCACCUCAGAUUUUGCCCCACCAGUUUGUGAGUCCAGUAAACACCGCUCCUUCACUCAAACAUAUAAUUCACUCCCGACCCUCUAACCCCUCUCCUACCUCCUAGAGAAUGAUCUGGUACUGCUGUAGUGUUUGAGGAAAAGCAGUGAACGUGGUUUGGAGUUCAGUGAAAUCUUCUAUUUUCUGUGGAAACCCUCUCAGGUCGUCAGUGCUGUGUCACAAACAUCUGCGCCCAGUACGACUUUGUAAACCCCACCCUGAAGGUGUGAAGAAACUGUUUGAGCACUGACUGUUGUUACCUUUUUGACCCUGACUUAGAGGGGAGUGAUGCACACCAAUAAAGACAUGAUUUCUUCACA